ACUUACUCCGGUCUUUUCUGUGUGGUAAUCAAUCCAUACAAAAGACUGCCGAUUUAUACCGAUUCCGUCGCUGCUAUGUUUAUGGGAAAGCGAAGCAAAAAAUUCAUGACCGUAAUUGCCUACUUCGCCGCCGUUGGUGCCUCUCAACAAGAGAUGUUCGGCAAGAAGGAAGGAGCAGCUCCUCCAGAGGGAAAGAAGGUCACCCUAGAGGAUCAAAUUGUUCAGACCAACCCCGUCUUGGAGGCUUUUGGUAAUGCUAAGACUGUACGAAACAACAACUCGUCUCGUUUCGGAAAAUUCAUUCGAAUUCAUUUCUCAAACAAAGGACGAGUCGCAUCUUGCGAUAUUGAACAUUAUCUACUGGAAAAAUCCCGUGUAAUUCGUCAAGCACCCGGUGAACGUUGUUACCAUAUUUUCUACCAGCUUUUCUCCGGACAUGUGCCUAGUCUUACUAAGGACCUGUUGCUGAACAAGCCUACUAAGGACUACUAUUUUAUCGCUCAAGCUGAAUUGAAGAUCGAUGGAGAAGAAUUCGCUCUUACCGAUGAAGCGUUCGACAUCCUUAAAUUUACGCUCGAAGAGAAGAUGAACUGCUACAAAUUGGAAGAAUUCGCUCUCACCGAUGAAGCGUUUGACAUCCUUAAAUUCACGCUCGAAGAGAAGAUGAACUGCUACAAAUUGGUAUCCGCUAUGAUGCAUAUGGGUAAUAUGAAAUUCAAACAACGACCUCGUGAAGAACAAGCUGAACAGGACGAGACUGAGGAGGCCACGCUAGCCGCUGAGAUGUACGGUGUUGAAAUGGAAGAAUUAGUCAAGGCUCUGUUACGUCCCAGAGUUAAAGUUGGAAAUGAAUGGGUAAACAAGGGACAGAACUUGGAGCAGGUGAACUGGGCUAUUGGUGCCAUGGCUAAAGGUCUUUACUCUCGAAUCUUCAACUGGUUGGUUAAAAAAUGCAAUCAAACUCUUGAUCAAAAGGGUAUCUCCCGUGAUUACUUCAUUGGUGUGCUCGAUAUCGCCGGUUUCGAAAUUUUCGAUUUCAACUCUUUCGAACAACUUUGGAUUAACUUUGUAAACGAGAAAUUACAACAAUUCUUCAACCAUCACAUGUUCGUAUUGGAGCAGGAAGAAUACGCUCGUGAGGGUAUUCAAUGGACAUUCAUUGACUUCGGUCUCGAUCUACAAGCAUGUAUCGAGCUGAUUGAAAAGGUAUACCAAACAUAUUUCAUUGUUAUCAGAGGAGAUUAAUG